AUGCCUAUCCGUCUGCUCUCACUUCCCGCCAAGGAUCUUCAAUAUUGUGUCAAUUUAAUGAACGUUGGCGAUCUAAUCGCCUUUUCUCUGUGCUCAAAACAAACCAAAAACCUUGUGAAGUCUUCAAAUCUGGAAGAAAUAAGAACCACUGCAAGAUUUGGUGAAAAUGACUGCAUCGAAUUUGAAAUACUCGCAUGUCAAAGACGUUUCAAUAGAGAAAUACACAAACAAAUCACGUUUUAUCUCCAUAAAAAUCAAUGGAUGCGAGUGGAUCGUGGGAAUGGAAAAGAGCAAUGGAAAUUUACGAGGAGCUAUUGCAUUGCUCAUUUAAUGAGUAUUUUGAAAACUUCAAUGAUUACUUACCUGGAUCUUAUUGAUCUUCACCAAAUACCGUACCUGAAUACUGUCAAGCAAAUCUUCCCAAAAUUUUAUGCCCUUAGUAUCGGUCGAGAUUGUUCAGAUGAGCUCACAAAAAUGGCGAUUUUAAAAUUGGGACCUAUUGCCGAAGAGGUGGAAGUCAAUAAAAUUCCUGUUAUCAAUGAUAUCUCUCAAUUUUUGACAUUGAAUUUGAACUUUCUGCUUUUCAAAGACGAGCAGAGACCACUCAAAUUGAAGUUAAGUGAUUUAUUGAUCCUCAACGUUCGCAGCAUUGCCAGUGUUAAUACCGAUAUCACUGAGAGAGAAUUGAACAGAUUUCUGAAGCUAUGGAUGAAAGGAAAUCAUAGUUUCUAUUGUCCAGAAAAUAUAGAAUUGAUCUCAAAUAAUGCAUUCAAAAUGGAUCAAGUUUUCAAAGGAAUUCAAUAUGAAACUGUUCUAGAGACCAUUCAUUCCGAUUAA